GGGCUUGGCAGCAGCGCGAGACCCGAGUACGCGCGCGCUUGAGUUUGCUGGGUUCCUUUAUUCCGUCCUCGUGCCCGCAGCUGAAAUUCUGUUGCGUCUCACGCGCGCCCCUCUGUAAGGGUAUAAAAGGACCCCUCCCCCCCCGUGCCAUGUCUCAGUCUCCGGAGAAGCGGCGGAAGAUGGAGUCCGCGCUCCAGCAGCUCAAGAAGGUGACGGUGGUCGUGGCUGAUACGGGAGAUUUUAACGCGAUCGAAGAGUACAAGCCUCAGGAUGCUACAACAAACCCAUCGCUCAUCCUGGCAGCAGCAAAGAUGCCCACAUAUCAGCACCUCCUGGAACAGGCUAUUAAAUAUGGCCUUGCCAAUGGCGGGACUGAAGAGGAGCAGCUCACGAACACGAUGGACAAGCUGUUCGUCAGCUUCGGUGUAGAGAUCCUCAAGAAAGUCCCCGGUCGAGUUUCUACAGAGGUGGACGCCAGGUUGUCUUUUGAUAAAGACGGGAUGGUGGAUCGUGCACGGCGGCUCAUCUCUUUGUAUGAGGAAGCUGGAGUGAGUAAGGACAGAGUGCUCAUCAAGCUUUCUUCCACAUGGGAGGGCAUCCAGGCUGGCGGAGAGCUGGAGGAGAAAUAUGGCAUCCACUGCAACAUGACCCUACUGUUCUCCUUCGCCCAGGCAGUGGCUUGUGCCGAGGCCAAGGUCACACUCAUUUCACCUUUUGUAGGCCGAAUAUUGGACUGGUACAAAGAACACACUGACCGUAAGACCUACGAGCCGCACGAGGACCCUGGUGUGAUAAGUGUAACGAAGAUCUAUAACUACUAUAAGAAGUUUGAUUACAGCACCGUGGUGAUGGGUGCGUCCUUCAGGAACACCGGAGAGGUCAAGGCGUUGGCUGGAUGUGACCUUCUCACCAUUUCCCCUGGGCUGCUGGGAGAGCUGAGUCAGGAUCACAGCACUGUCCCCCUCAGUCUCACUCCAGAGAAAGCGAAGGCUUGUGAUCUGGAGAAACUCCACCUGGACGAGAAGACCUUCCGCUGGCUGCACAAUGAGGACCGCAUGGCUGUGGAGAAGCUCUCUGACGGCAUCCGGAAGUUUGCUGCAGACGCUGUGAAGCUUGAGGACAUGAUCAAGGAGAAGACACUCAGCGUGAAAAAUGGACAGUAAUGCUGAAGACCCCGCCCGUCCUGAAACUCCUGAUUGGCCCGUUACUGUUGGCUGAAAUGGUGAACUUGCUUCUGAAGCUAAACUUAUUCUGUAGUCUCGGACCACAAAAAGCUCCUGCACUAAUCAUGAACUUUUGUUCAGGGAUGAAGUCCUCACUGAAUCAAACAUUCCUAUAUACUUUUUGACAACAUGGCGUCCAUAUUUGUAUUAAUAAUGACUAUAACUUCAACCUGUUGAUCCAUUGUCGCUUUGUGGUAUCAAUAAAGAAAAGAUGAGCAGAAA